AUGCACGAUUUGGUGGAGAACGAUCCAUGUUCUUUGCAUAAGCAUACAUUUGCAAAAGUACAAUUGCUUGCCAUUUGGCCUUAUGCCAAGUUGAUACUUAGUUGUUGGCUAGUUCUUCCACAGUUCAGUGGGGCAACACAUGUUUAUAGGCACUAUGUUAGACCAUUCUAUAUGAAUCCACAAAUGCCAAAGUUUCCAGGAGCCUCUCAAAUGUGGUAUGUUCCUCGAAAUAACAUAUUUAGUAAGCAGGAUGACGUCCUUUCUGCUGCUGAGAGGUACAUGGAAGAGCAUGGAAAUGAAGCAUUUCAAAGACUCAUAACCAAGAUGCAAGCUGAUAGAGAAGCUAGAGGACGGAGGAACGAAAGUUAUAUGAUCUUUGAUGAUGAUUAUAUAUAUUAA